GGCCAGCAGUUUUGUCUCGAGAGCUCUCCUGUUACACGGAUCUGCCAGCCCCAGUCCCACACUGGGAACAUGUCAGUCCAGGAGAACACGCCACCCCCGCAGCUCUGGUCAUGGGUCUCUAAGUCCCAGAAAGACUUGACAAAGUCCUUCCUGACUGGGGCUCCAGGAGGGCCAGCAGGGUACCUGCGUCGGGCCAGUGUGGCACAGCUCACCCAGGAGCUGGGCACCGCCUUCUUCCAGCAGCAGCAGCUGCCGGCGGCCAUGGCAGACACCUUCCUGGAACACCUGUGCCUGCUGGACAUCGACUCGGAGCCCGUGGCCGCCCGCAGUACCAGCAUCAUCGCCACCAUCGGGCCUGCGUCUCGCUCAGUGGAGCGCCUCAAGGACAUGAUCAAAGCCGGGAUGAACAUUGCGCGACUCAACUUCUCCCACGGCUCCCAUGAGUACCAUGCGGAGUCCAUCGCUAACAUCCGGGAGGCGGUGGAGAGCUUUGCAACUUCUCCUUUCGGCUACCGGCCCGUGGCCAUCGCUCUGGACACCAAGGGACCAGAGAUCCGAACCGGCAUCUUGCAGGGGGGCCCGGAGUCGGAGGUGGAGCUGGUGAAGGGCUCCCAGGUGCUGGUGACCGUGGACCCGGCGUUCCGGACGCGGGGGGACGCGAGCACCGUGUGGGUGGACUACGUCAACAUCACCCGGGUCGUGCCGGUGGGGGGCCGCAUCUACAUUGACGACGGGCUCAUCUCGCUGGUGGUGCAGAAAAUCGCCCCCGAGGGGCUGGUGACCCAGGUGGAGAACGGCGGCGUCCUGGGCAGCCGGAAGGGUGUGAACUUGCCAGGCGCUGAGGUGGACCUGCCCGGGCUGUCCGAACAAGACGUCGAGGACCUGCGGUUCGGGGUGGAGCACGACGUGGACAUCAUUUUUGCCUCUUUUGUGCGGAAAGCCAGCGACGUGGCUGCCGUUCGUGCUGCUCUGGGGCCAAAAGGGCAAGGCAUCAAGAUUAUCAGCAAAAUCGAGAAUCACGAAGGCGUGAAGAAGCUUGAUGAAAUCCUGGAGGUGAGCGACGGCAUCAUGGUGGCGCGGGGGGACCUGGGCAUCGAGAUCCCAGCCGAGAAGGUUUUCCUGGCUCAGAAGAUGAUGAUCGGGCGCUGCAACCUGGCAGGCAAGCCGGUUGUCUGUGCCACACAGAUGCUGGAGAGCAUGAUCACCAAGCCCCGGCCAACGCGGGCAGAGACGAGCGAUGUGGCCAACGCCGUGCUGGAUGGGGCCGACUGCAUCAUGCUGUCUGGGGAGACCGCCAAGGGCAAGUUCCCCGUGGAGGCCGUAAAGAUGCAGCACGCGAUUGCCCGGGAGGCGGAGGCCGCCGUGUACCACCGGCAGCUGUUUGAGGAGCUGCGCCGCGCCGCACCCCUGAGCCGCGAUCCCACGGAGGUCACCGCCAUUGGCGCUGUGGAGGCUUCCUUCAAGUGCUGUGCUGCCGCCAUCAUCGUGCUGACCACAACUGGCCGCUCAGCCCAGCUCCUGUCUCGGUACCGACCUCGGGCUGCGGUCAUCGCUGUCACGCGCUCUGCCCAGGCCGCACGUCAGGUCCACCUGUGCCGAGGAGUCUUCCCCUUGCUGUACCGGGAGCCCCCGGAAGCCGUCUGGGCGGACGAUGUAGACCGCCGGGUACAGUUUGGCAUAGAAAGUGGAAAGCUCCGUGGCUUCCUCCGUGUCGGGGACCUGGUGAUUGUGGUGACUGGUUGGCGACCUGGCUCCGGCUAUACCAACAUCAUGCGGGUGCUGAGCGUAUCCUGAGGCGCCCCUCCCUCCUCAGACCCCAGCCACGCCUGCGCCCUGGUCUGCCCCCUCACUCGCUCCCUCCAGCCUGCCCGCCUCCCACAGCCCUGUCUCUGUUUUCCUCAAGCCCUGCCCGCCCUACCUGCCAUCCAGCCCCACUCCUGGGUGCCCUUCCCCCUUUCCGUGUCACACAGGCCCCCGAAGUCUGCCUCCAAUUCCGCACCGGCCACCCAGCAGCACCAGCUGUGCUCUGGGCAUCCAAUCCGCUCAGUUGGGUCCUAAGAUGCACUAAGCCUUUAAUCCCAGCUUGGCUGCUUAAUUCUAUCCCCCUAGGCUUCCUGUCCCUGCGGGCGGGGGAGAGAGAAGCCAGGGCAGUCUUGUCCACUGUCUCCAUAGAACCACUACUUAAAAAUAGUUCCCACCCAUGUUCUCAUGCGUGGCCCUCAUGAUAGUCUGGGCAUCUCCCGAGACAGGGACCCCUCCUCCUGACGGCCUCACGAGGGCAGGCUGCCCUUUCGUGGUAACUAACUGUGACUUCAAAGCGCCACACUGCAGGGGACACUGGGCGGAUGGAUGCCAGAGGAGACUGCAAGCCCGGCAGGCUGACCUUGGCCUCUGUGUGGGGCUUGCACACUGCUCCCCUGGCUGCUGUCAUGGCCACCUCAUGCCCCGUUGGGUCCAACGCCCUGCUGUCCCCUCCUGUACCCAGGGAUACCUUCACGCCCACCAUAUUCCCGCACACACACCAGGAGCCAAAACGAGUGUCUCUGUUUUCUUUUUAAACCUAACUGAUGGGGAGCAAUUAUAAAACUUCUCCCCCACACUAAAGGCCCCAGAACGCCCUCCGGGAGGACAAAGGGUUUCGGGUUCUGGCCACACAGUCGUCAGUGUGGCAGAGCAGGAGAGGGGACAGGAGAGGAGUGAGGGGUUACUCUCAUCCCUGAGAAGGCAGAGGUGCCAGCUAAAACAAACCCUAAAGAUACAGUCCUCCUCCCACCCUGGGGCCAGCCCUCCUGCCCUUACCCAGGGAGGGAGGGGGUUCAAGUAUUGCUACCAGGUGGGGAGGGCAGGGGCAGGUAAAGGAAUGGGUAGACAAAAUGAACAGACAAUAAAUCAAAUUAGCAAAUAAGUAAAUAAA